UUGAACGCAACAAUAGACAUGAGCGUUACCAUUGAGGAGAGGGGCCGGCCCAACACCCAGGACUACAGGGUGUUUUUCAAAAACUCUGAGGGCAAAUACAUCUCUCCGUUCCACGACAUACCCGUCUACGCAAAUGAAGCAGAGAACAUUUUUCACGCUGUUGUGGAGGUUCCAAGAUGGACAAAUGCGAAGAUGGAGAUUGCCACCAAAGAUCCUCUAAAUCCACUGAAACAAGAUAUAAAGAAGGGGAAUCUUCGUUAUGUGGCCAAUGUAUUUCCUCACAAAGGCUACAUCUGGAAUUACGGAGCUAUUCCACAGACGUGGGAAGACCCAAACCACAAGGACAGCGACACAGGCUGCUGUGGAGACAACGAUCCUAUUGAUAUAUGCGACAUAGGAAAUAAGGUGUGCUCUAGAGGGGAAAUAAUCAAAGUGAAGGUGUUGGGAACUCUGGCUCUGAUCGAUGAGGGUGAAACAGACUGGAAGGUCAUUGUGAUCAAUACUGAGGAUCCUGAAGCCGCCGACUUUAACGGUAUGAAUAACAU